AUGGAGGGAUUCACCCAAUCGCUACCACCCUGCCGAUCAGUCUGUGAGCGCGCCAAAGCCGGCUGCGGUCCCAUUAUGGGUUACUACGCCUUUACGUGGCCUGACAGAAUGCAGUGUGACCAGUUUCCUGAACUGGACAAUCCUGAGGGCAUUCUCUGUAUGGAGCGAAAUCUCACCAACGCCGAGAGAGUAGAGUUUGAGUCAUUGCAAGCGGCUCGUGAAACUCCAACGGUAGUGGAAGAGAAAAGAGCGACAGCAAGGGACCACGCUAUGUCUAGAGAGCUGGAAAUGGCAGCCAGGGCUAGCAAGGAUGCUGGCGGAAAUUUGGAGGCUCUUAGCAUUGCCGGUGCUUGGCUUGACUGCUCCUGCGACUGUCGUCACCCCUUGGUGCCUGUUGUUGCUAACAACGACAGUCAGUUGACCCAAAUAUCAACGCUAGGAUUUCAGGGUUGUGCAUUGCCCUGUCAUUCUAUCCACUUCCAGACAGAAGCAGAUCAGAAGUUUGUAGAUUUCUGGUUGUGGUUGUGGUCCCUUAUCUGUGGCGUUUCAACACUAAUAACAAUGCUUACCUACUUAACUAACCCAAGUAGAUUCCAGUACCCGGGUCAGCCAAUAAUCUACCUCUCCACCUGCUAUUUUUUUGUCUCCAUCGGCUACAUUCUUCGUAUGGUGGUUGGACACGAUGGAGUGGCAUGCACGACAGUUACAACACUCCUGAGAGGUGAAAGUAGUCAGCAGAGAGGAAUGUUUACCACAGCCAGUAUUCUGCAGUUCUCACUUUCUGGGAAAACAGCCUGUGCCACAGUGUUUUUGCUCAUCUACUACUUUGGAAUGGCUUCGUGCGUGUGGUGGGUAGUUUUGACGGUCACAUGGUUCCUUGCUGCUGGAUUGAAGUGGGGAAAUGAGGCGAUUUCAAAGUACACACAAGUAUUCCACUUUGUGGCUUGGGUCCUUCCUGGCGUACAAACCGGUGUUGUUCUAAUGCUCCGAGCUGUGGACGCACUUACUUCUGUUUUGGUACUUUCUUUCUGCUGGGUGGCUUCGUGGCACUAUGCAACAUUCGGCAUGUCAUCAAAUUUCAGCCACGAGUAG